AUGGGGCGAGAAAACAAUUGGACCAGUACAGUAGAUUUGCCUGUAGGGGAUGGGCUAACUUCCGAAAGUCAUUCGAUCACCACUCUUCGAGGCUCCACUCACUUCACUCUUCGCUACUGCCUUCCCUCUGUGACGCCAGCUCACUCCUGCAACUUCCAGCACUCCUGCAGCAUCCACCUCACUCCUGCAGCUUCCAGCACUCCUGCAGCUUCCAGCACUCCUGCAGCUUCCAGCACUCCUGCAGCUUGCAGCAUCCAGCUCACUCCUGCAGCUUCCAGCACUCCUGCAGCAUCCAGCUCACCCCAACAGCUUCCAGCGGCCUUCAGCUCACCCCUGCGGCGCUCUACGGACGUCCCACUACCUAUUCCAGCACCCGCUGACGACCUAAUCCAGUGCCCACUUACGUCCAGCGCCCGUUAUCGUCCGGACACCGUUCCCGAACAAACGACCUCUGUCGUCUUACCAUCCACCGUUCGCAAAUAA